UAAACAUUCAAACCUGUCAGUAAUAGAAAUAGAAUAUAAUUUUGUUGGUAUUUGUCUGAGUUUGAAAAUCAGUGGGUAUUUUGGGCGGUUCGUUUCACUUUUCAAAAUCUAAAAUCUCCACUUCCCCUUUCAAACCCUAGUGGAUCAAAAUUAUGAAGACGGCGAAGCCAUUGAAGCAACUUAAGCUCUCUGUACCCGCUCAAGAUACUCCCAUUUCCAGCUUCUUGACUGCGAGUGGAACGUUUCAUGAUGGCGAUUUACUUUUGAACCAGAAAGGACUCAGACUCAUUUCUGAAGAGAAUGAAUCUCUGCCCUCAGAAACAAAGGAGAUAGAUCUUCAAUUUUCAUUGGAAGAUCUUGAAACCAUCAAAGUCAUUGGAAAAGGAAGUGGGGGUGUUGUUCAACUUGUUCGUCAUAAAUGGGUUGGAACAUUGUUUGCUCUGAAGGUUAUCCAGAUGAAUAUACAAGAAGAUAUUCGUAAGCAGAUAGUGCAAGAACUGAAAAUAAAUCAAGCAUCACAAUGUCCACAUGUUGUUGUAUGCUACCACUCUUUCUAUCACAAUGGAGCUAUAUCUCUGGUUUUGGAGUAUAUGGACCGUGGAUCUUUAGUUGAUGUAAUCGGGCAACUUAAGACAAUUCUUGAACCAUAUCUCGCAGUUGUUUGCAAGCAGGUUUUACAAGGUCUUGUCUACUUGCAUCACGAGAGACAUGUUAUCCACAGAGACAUAAAGCCAUCAAACUUGCUAGUGAACCACAAAGGAGAGGUAAAAAUUACAGAUUUUGGUGUAAGUGCAAUGCUAGCCAGCUCUAUGGGUCAAAGGGAUACAUUUGUUGGAACCUACAAUUACAUGGCACCUGAAAGAAUAAGUGGAAGUACCUAUGACUACAAGAGUGAUAUCUGGAGCUUGGGCAUGGUCAUCCUUGAAUGUGCUAUUGGACGUUUCCCAUACAUACAGUCAGAGGACCAGCAAGCUCGGCCUAGCUUUUACGAGCUUCUGGAGGCUAUUGUUAGCAGUCCACCACCUUCUGCUCCAGCAGAUCAAUUUUCCCCAGAAUUCUGUUCGUUUGUUUCUGCUUGCAUUCAAAAGGAUCCCAGGGAUAGAUCUUCAGCUUUGGACCUUUUGAGUCACCCUUUCAUUAAGAAGUUUGAAGACAAAGACAUUGAUCUCAGCAUCCUUGUCAGUAGCCUGGAACCACCAGUAAAUUUUCCAAGAUAAGUUGUUGUCAUAUAUAUUAAUACAACUACUAUUACAUUGUAGACCUGUAAUAUCUAGCAGUUUCUGUAUGUAAACAUCACUUGAGAUGAAUGAAUUACUUAGCAGCAUUUUUAUCUAA